AUGAUACAAAGAAAAAAUAUAUACUUUGAUCAUUUAAAAAGAAAUGUUGGUUUAAAUGAGUUACACAACUUUUCAAAUGAAACUGUAGAUAUGAUGUUAGAAAGAGAAGUUGUUGAGUGUUUUAGAAAAAUAUCGAAUGAGAAAAUUUAUCCAGGAGAAGAUGAUUCAGUUAACAGUAAGAAUGAUAGAAGAAAAAAGAGAGAAAAUUUUAAUAUGUGUAAAUCACUUGGUAUUCUUAGAACUUUAAAAAAAUGCGAAAAUGAAGCUAAAUUAUUAUUAGAAGAAUCCGGUGUUUAUAUUUUCGAAAGUUUAAGUAAAGAGGAACUUGCAGAAUUUUUAAUUGCUAAAUUAGAAAGAGAACGCCUCGGAAAAGAUAAAGGUCUUCCAACAAAAAUUUGUCAUUUACUUUCUUGUGCUAAAUCUUCAGUUAUGUUUGAUCCAUCUGUUAAAAAUAUUAAUGAUGUACCAUGUACAUGUGGUAGAGAAAUUAACAAAUCAGAAAGAGAAGAUAUGGAAAAAGGUUUUAGUAUUGAAACAUUUAAUCAUUUUAAUAGAAUUAAAAAGAUGAAAUCAAAAAUUCCUAGAGUUACAUCACCAUCAACUGAAGCUUAUAUGGUUAUUACACCAAAAUCUAAUAGUUGUAAAGUUGUUACUGUUAAUCCUGAAACUAAUGAACUUGAGGAAAUUUCUAAAGAGGGAUCAAAAAUGGAAAUUGUUAAAAAUUCAUCAAAUUUAAAAGUUGAUGUAAUUCCUAAAUCUGAAAAUAAACCAGAAUUACCAAUUGAGUAUAUUGUUGAAGAUAAAAUUGUAACACAUUUUAAAAGUAGUAGUAAAAAGAAUAAGCACAAUGAGAAUGCUGUAUUUGAAGAAGGUACUGAUGCUUUUUCUUAUUAUGAAAAUGAAACAAACCAAGUGCCAAAUCCUUUUUUGGAAGAAAUGGGUUUAAGUCCAGAGGAGAUAGAGGAAUUAAAACAAGAUCGUACAGUUGUCAAGAAAAUAGAAGGCUUAAACCCAGGAGAAUUAAGAAUUCGUAUAAUAAAUUUACCAGAACGUCGUCCAUCAACUACCGAAAAAGAAACCAAAAAUAUCAAGGAAGAGGAGGACAAUUCAGAGUUUCCUCCAAUGUGGUUUUCUACGGAAGAUUCCUCAUCUCAACAAAAUGGUAAUUGGUUAGGAAAUAAUUCAUUUCUUGAAGAUCCAAGUGAAAUUGAUGAAGAUUCAAUGAAAAAUGAUGAUAUAUAUAAUAGUGAGGAAGAAGAUGAAAAUUAUGAGUUUAGAAAAAGAAAACAUUCCCCACCAUUAACAGCUGUAGGAAAUGAUGCUAAUAAUAAAAAAAGAAUGUUCACUUACUAUCAAAGUCAAGGCUCUAUUUCUUCUUCAUCAAAAUUUUAA